GAGACAAUAAUUAUCGAAUUAUCUCUUUAAGAGUUUUUCCGAAGGAUCGGAUUGUUACAAUCGCGAUCAGUGAUUAUUCACCGGGGGGAACCGGAAGAGAAUUUUCAACUGGAUCACAACCUGCUCGUUGUUACGAUACGAUAAGGAACGCUUUGGGAUCGUUAAAGUGAAGAGUUCGACUUGCAUAUGUCGAUCGCCGGUCUACCGUCCCCCGCCUCUUUCUUCCUGCUUCUUUUUUAUCUUUAUUCCUACUGACAUUGCUUGCGCCGCGACGACAGUGACGUACGCGGCAUAAACCCGUACCCCGAGCCCGCAGUUUCGCGAUGGAGGAAGAUGAGAGUCUGGUGCAGGCGACCGACAGUGUCUCGAUCCCGUCGAAAAAGGAAAGUGGCUAUUUCGAGGAGAACUGCGGCGAUCUAAGCGACGUCAUCUUCAGUAAUUACAAUCACUAUGGGGCGCUCCUCAGUGUCGAUACUGCCGGGAUUUUGAUCAUCAACGAGACCAGACGAUCGGACCAUUGGGAGGAGAGCAGGCAAGGAUCCUCCUUUUCUUCCGGUCUUGUCGAGGACAUAAACGAUCUUGACGUUAACGACACUGACGAGGUUAAAGACGACAUCGUCAUUAUCAAACAUCCUGAAGAAGCCAGACGCGAUGUAACCGACGCAUCCGACGUAGUUCACAGUCCUGAAGGCUCCAAGGAAUUUCUUUGCACCCACGAGGACUCCGCGGCGGUUCUUCGUAUUCCUGAAAAUCACGAGAAAAACAUUGACUCCGAGGUACCGGUCUGCAUUCACGCGAAUUCAAAAGCGGUCGUUUAUAUUCGCAAGAGCCCCGAAGUGAUCGAUUGUACCAAGGAGGAUUCGACAAGUGUUGAGUGUGCUACCAGUCCCUCUACCAUUGCUGAAGAUUGGAAUGAUGCGGAACUAUCUGUUUGUGACACAGUAAACCUAGCGGACAACGGCAGCCAGAAAGUGGACAUGACACACUUUGACUUGCUGAGAGUCCUUGGCACCGGAGCUUACGGUAAAGUAUUCCUGGUGCGAAAGAGAACGGGUGCUGACUCCGGGCGGCUUUAUGCCAUGAAGGUGCUGAAGAAGGCCUCCAUCGUACAGAAGAAGAAGACGACGGAGCACACCAAGUCCGAGCGGCAAAUCCUGGAGGCUAUCAGGGACAGCCCGUUCCUGAUAACUCUCUAUUACGCGUUUCAAACUGACGACAAACUCUGUUUGAUCUUAGAAUAUGUCGCCGGCGGUGAAAUGUUUACGCACCUAUAUCAACAUGACUGCUUCACGGAGGACGCAGUACGAUUUUAUAUUGGCGAAAUUAUCCUGGCGCUAGAGCGCCUUCAUGACCUUGGCGUAAUAUAUCGGGAUAUCAAACUUGAAAAUAUACUUUUGGAUAAGGAGGGGCAUCUCGUGUUGACGGAUUUCGGUCUCAGCAAAGAAUUCCUACCGCACGAAAGGAAUGGCAAUGCGCGUACUUACUCGUUUUGCGGAACUAUCGAGUAUAUGGCACCGGAAGUGGUAAAGGCGGGCCCGAACGGCCACGAUAUCGCUGUCGAUUGGUGGAGCGUGGGCGUAUUAACGUUUGAAUUACUGACCGGUGCGUCGCCUUUUACGGUGGAGGGCGAGAAAAAUAAUCAACAAGAAAUUUCGAGGAGGAUAUUGAAGAAUAAUCCGCCACCAAUGCCGAGCCAUCUGAGUGCCAACGUGAGCGAUUUCAUCACCCGCUUGUUAAUCAAAGAUCCACGACAAAGAUUGGGCGGUGGACCGCGCGACGCUAAAGAACUCAAAGAGCAUCCCUUCUUCAUGGAUGCGGCACCGGCCUUUACUUGGGAAGGUCUGGAGAAGAAACAGAUCAAGCCACCUUUGAUUCCCAAAAUUUCGCACGAAUUGGAUACUAGCAAUUUUUCAGACGAAUUCACGAAGAUGAAUGUUGUCGUUGACAGUCCGGCGGUCAUUGAUGGUGACUAUCCUGACAAACACUUUAGGGGUUAUUCCUAUGUAGCGCCUUCGAUACUAUUCACCGACAACGUGGUGAGCAGGGAUAUCUUCGGUGGCGAGGCCAGUUCGCAACGGCCCUUGUUGUCCGAUCUGUUGAACACGUGUUUCGAAGAGUCCACGUUCUUCCAGACGUACGAGUUAGACCAAGCGGGACCAGCUCUAGGCGACGGCAGUUUUUCGAUUUGUCGGCGGUGUCGCAAUCGUAAGACCCAGCAGGAAUACGCCGUGAAAAUCGUCAGCAGGCGAGUGGAUUGCAGCCGGGAGGAGAAUCUGUUGCGUGCGUGUCAGCGUCACGCGAACGUAGUGAAAUUGAUAGAAGUUCAUCACGAUCGACUUCACACGUACAUCGUGAUGGAAUUACUCUUGGGCGGGGAAUUGUUACAACGACCGCGCCCAUUCUCGGAGCGGCAGGCCAAGCGAGUGAUGCGGCAAUUGGCAUCCGCAGUGCGAUACAUGCACUCGCGUGGUGUAGUGCAUCGUGAUCUCAAACCAGAAAAUAUCGUAUAUGUUCAUCAAGGCGAAGAUUCGCCUGUAAAGAUAGUUGACUUUGGAUUUGCGCGGAUGAAGAAUAGCUGCGAGCCGUUACAUACGCCCUGCUUCACGCUCCCGUACGCUGCCCCGGAGGUUGUGGCCAACCAAGAAUACGACGAGAGCUGCGACAUGUGGUCCUUGGGGACUAUUCUGUAUUUCAUGUUGUCCGACAAUCCACCUUUCCGCACAGAUACACCUAACGUGGCGAUGCGUAUCAAAGCCGGUGAGAUUAAUUUUGACAGCGGGGCUUGGAGUCAUGUGUCCCCGGGUGCAAAAGAAGUGAUGAAAGGUUUAUUGAUGAUCGAUCCCAAUAAUAGACUCACCGCAGUUUCUCUGGUGUAUCAUUCGUGGCUGACGACACAUGACACAACGAUUCUCCCGGUAACACCAGCCACUGAUACGGUUCACACGGACAAUACGGUAGCCGUCAAUGCAACGCACGAGAGCGAGAGUUUCCGGCUGCGCGAGGUUGAUGCCGCCAAACUGGCUCAGCGUCGCAAGCUUAAACGUUCCAAUUCCAGUUCCUCCACAUCGAGACCGUCUUCUUCUUCCUCUACGAGUCCGUCGUCGGUUCAGUUGCGUCUACCAAGCGGUACAGCAAACAGUGCUGCAAACACUUCCACCUCGUCACCAAGCGUCUUCGAUUUUAAUGACGAAGUUGUUAGCGAGUACCUGAGUUCCCUAUCUUCUUCUUCCGAUUCGAAUUCCUCAGUAAGACUUUCACUGCAAGAAUUCGAGAGAACCGCGAAAAAGCGGACCAAACGCAAUGCCGACCAUGAAUCGUGUCAACCGAUAAUCCCGACGAAAAAGCAUCGGCAUCGACGCGACGUUGACAGCGAAGCUAGUGGCAGCAGUAGUAACGGUCCAAUGACACGAUCGCGGAAACGUAAACUCGAACAAAUAAUAAAUUCGGACAGAGAUAUAGGUUCUGACAAUUCCGCGGAAUCGUUCGAGUCGUCCUCGCAAGUCGUCGCGCAUGACGAAGAGAAUGUCCAUAGGAGACAUAAAGCUGACAAGCGGCCGAAACGCCUUGCCACGAUUACACUCGAGUAGAGAGUUUUCCUACUUAUGCUUGGUCCAGUAACGCUCCAAUGAAUUCACACUUUGUUUCCUAUGCAUUUUACACGGUAUAUCUUUAUAACACUGCUGCCUUCUGCGUUCGUACAGGACGCGAACAUCGCAUCAUUCCUAUCUCAUCAGAGUUUUAGAAUAUCGUAUAUAAAUAUAUAAAUAGCUAUAACAUAAUUAUGCCAUCCCAUCUUCUUAAAAAAAAA